AUGGUGAGAUUUCUUGGGAUUAAAAAUCUGGCCCUCCUCUCUCUUCUGAUGGGCAUUACAGAGGCCCAGCCACCUCCAGCUUGUGGUCGAUUUAUCCCCUCUUCCCGAAUAGUAGGAGGUUCAGAUGCUGAGGUGGGUUCAUGGCCAUGGCAGGCCAGCAUACAGAUUUUAGAUUCACAUCACUGUGGGGGAACCCUCAUUGCCUCACGCUGGGUUCUAACAGCAGCACAUUGCUUUGUCAGUCUCUCAGAUCCCUCUCUAUUUGCCAUUCUUUUGGGAUCCUACAAUCUCUCCAAUCCUGGACCAGAGUCGGUACUAGUAAAUGUGAAGCAAAUUAUCAUGCACUCCAACUACACUUCGCUCAUAAACGGCAAUGAUAUUGCAUUAAUAGAACUCGAAAGCCCUGUGAAUUUCACCCAGCGUAUCCAGCCUGCCUGUUUACCAGGAUCCUCCAUUGUCUUCCCUCCCAGAUUGGGUUGUUGGGUUGCAGGCUGGGGGAACAUUAAACCACAAGUCCCACUUCCUGAACCUGAGCUUUUGCAGGAAGUGCUUCUUCCCCUUAUUGACAGGGCUACCUGUGAGGUUCUUUACAGUGACUUUAAAGAGCCUGGGAUGGCGAAUGCAAUAAAAGAUGACAUGAUGUGUGCAGGCUACAUGGAAGGAGGGAAGGAUGCUUGCCAGGCAGACUCAGGGGGACCAUUGCUUUGUCCAUGGAAUGGAGAUUGGGUUUUGGCUGGUGUAGUGAGCUGGGGAGAUGUCUGUGCUGCCCCCAAACGCCCUGGUGUUUACAUUCGAGUUAGCGCUCACACCAGUUGGAUCUUGAGACAUGCUCCAGAAGUAAAAUCUAAUUUCAUUAAUGCCCUAAACUUAACUACCCCUAGCAAUGGAUGUUCCUUGGUUGCUUUUGCUAAUAUAGCUAUGCUUCUUUCAUUAAUUAUCAAUAUUAUAUCUAUUAUUAUAUAUUAACAAAACUUGGUAGAGUAUGUCUGAAUUUGCCUAGAUUGCUUGCUGUAGUUUGUGGAGACUGACCUUUGUCAAAUCUGUAUGACUGCUUGAAGUGGAAAGGACUGAAACUUUGAUUUUGGGUUUUACCAAUUAGAUUGAUAGAUUCUUAUAGAAAUGGCUAGUUUAUAUUAUUAUGAAAAAACAAAAAGUUGUGGUUUGAUGUUAAUGGCUUAUUUUACUGCAACAGAGAGAGUCAGAAGUCAGCACUUCUUUUUCCUAACGCUUCCUCACUUUUCUCCUCCCCUUCCCCCUCAUUGCUUUCCUAUUUACUUUCCUAUUUUGUAUCUUAUUGUGAUCACAUGGGGCAAGACAUAGAAGCCACACAGUCAGCUGAUAGUUCAAACUCCCCUUUAUUGCUCCAACUUUUCCCCAAACAUUUACAGCAAGUCCAGGAGCAAAACGCUCACACACACAUCUCCAGCUGCCUCUGGCUGCAAGUAGUCCAGUGAAACACUGUUAGCACAAUGGCUUCAAGGAAAGAAGUCCAAUGAGGCAAAAGAACAAGGCAUUGAGUCCACGAAGCAAAGGAACAAGGCAAUGAGUCCACAAAGCAAAAGAACAAGGCAAUGAGAAGGCAAGAAGUCCAACGAAUUCCAGACGUUGACAACAGCACACAAAAUUCCAUGAAUUCAGUGUUUGUUCCCAACAAGCACCCCUCCCCAAAGCAUCGCCUUAAGUAUCAGUUCCCAGGUGUGCCUUGUGAAGAGAGGUGGGGUGUUCUCAUCCUGCGUCAUUAGGUUGGCCUGCGCUAUUCCUGCCUCCACACCAUUCUCCAUGCUCAGGGAUCAGGAGGGGGUAAAUUUAUAUCAACUUUUCAUGAAUGGAAGGCAUAUUGGAGUCCCACAGAGGCCUCACUAAACUAACCUGAAUUUUCACAGAAAGCUAAAUUGGUUCCCCAACCUUUCUGGGUUGGCCACCCAGUGGGG